AUGGAGCAGGCUGCUAGAGACACCAGGUCUGUCCUAGAAGCGCCGAUCCAGUUCAGCGUGGUUGGUAGCGCUGACCUUCCGAUUCGGGCGAAGCCCUCCUCCGGAGAAGCACAGGUUGGCGCCUUGAAGCCUGGUGCUGCUGUGCUGGGGUAUCCCGUUGGCGAUUGGAUGAAGAUCGAGGCAUCCACAACAAGCCAGUGGGUACAUUUGCAAGAUCCAUCGGGGACGCGCCUGGUGCAAUCGUGGUCCGACCUUAGCCUGGAGAAGGCCUUUCAUGAGGCCUUGCUGCUCUCCUGGCCAGGCCUGGCAGCGAAGGAGGCAACGCGCUACACCCUUGACUGGCAAGUUCAAGGUGGUGGGAGCGGCAAGCUGGAUGUCGAGCUCGGGCAGGCAACCACGCUGCUUCCAGGUUUGCCUCCGGGUUCGGCAGUCCGUGUGCGAGUACGUGCUGUGGUGUAUUCCGCGAGAGACCCACUUAGCAUCAAGUUUCAAGGAGACUGGAAGGAGUUUCUUUGCAUUCAAAGCCAGGCGGACGGCGAGGAUUUGACUCCGGCAGACGCCGGCCUGGACAUGAAGGAGUUGAAGGCAGCAGACCUCAUGCUCGAGGAGCAACGUCUCCGGUCUCCACCGGCUACAGCACCUACUGUUAAUGCCAUCGAGAAGUCAUCUGCGCAGAAUGCGAGGUCUGGCAACGACAGCCAGGCGUCGAGCACGAUGAGCACGUUGUGGGGAAAGACCCAAGAGGUGACUUCGGGCCAGUUCCAGGUAGUUGUGGCGACGGUGUACAUUCGGGGCGAGCCCUCUGUUGGUGGCAUACCGGUGGGAUUUGUGCAUAAGGGCACUGUUCUGUCGGGGCAGGUACAGUCGGGCUGGCUUUGCCUUUCUGCAGAUUGCAGCAGACGAUUGAAGAUCUACAGCGACAAGAAGGCAUUUGUGGCGAUUGAGGGCCGUUUCGCCAAUCGUCCUGACUUGGGCGCCCUGUUGCAACGCGUGGAUGCAGACACUGCCAACACUGCCAGCGAGAGGCCCCUCGAGGACUCCGAUGUCGGGAAUGCUCGAAGCAUCGAGUCCUUAAGGCGCAGGGCAGAGCGUGCUUGCCAGGUCCUUAACUCGGAGCCGCUUCACUUUCAGGUGAUUUCGGAGAAAGCCUCCGUGCGAGCAAGCCCGGAUGCUCAUGCGACCACGACAUCAGCGCUUCACAAGGGCGAUCGCGUAAAGGGUUAUCCCUCCGGCAGCUGGCUCAGGCUCGCCCGAAAUGACAGCAAGGGUGAAGGAUGGGUUCAAAUCGAGUCGUCGGGAGCUGAUUCCACGUUGUAUCUGGAGGCGGAGUGGUCAAAAGUGGAGGUUAAGCGGGCCUUUGUCGAGGCCAUAACUUUGGAGUGGUCUGGCCUCAUCAUUGAGCAGAAGGUCACGUACGCUGUCGAGUGGCGUCCUAGUGGAGGCGGUGCAGGUGGUCACGCAGUCAGCAAGUCAAGCCAUCUUCAUCUGACGGGGCUGCCGGCGGACGGAAAGUUUUCAAUGCGAGUUUUGGCUUGCGUGGCGAGCGACGAGCCGAAGGUGACGCCUUUGAGGCUCAACGGGCCUUGGCUCGAGGUUCUUCAGCCUUUCGAGAUACAGGCGCCAGAGGCGCCUGAGCACUCAAGCAGUCAGCAAAGAUGUAAGCGAACAGCUGUCCUGGUCGCACUGUACACCUUGGGAUCUGUCGGCCUCACCUACUUGAUGAAAUUCCUCUUCAGUUACAUGUGGAUAUCUGUGGACCAACUACAAGUGCAUGGUCUCCCGGCACCGCUCUUCUGGACGACCACGCAACUGGCAAUCAGCUUUGGCUGCUUUGCAGCCUCUUCUCAGGUGCAUUGGUGCUCGCACGGGAGAUGGGGUUAUCGGCCUCCUCCGUUGAAUCCUAGAAUCGCGAAGCAAGUGGCCUUGCUGGCGUUGUCGUUUGCCACCAGCAUUGGCCUGAACAAUUUGUCUUUGUCCAUGGUCAGCCUGUCCGUCAACAACAUGAUCCGCUCCACCAGCCCCUUGACAACAGCUGUCGCAGCUACAAUUUGGACAGGCGGUGCGCCAUCUUCGGAACAGUGGAUCUUCGUAGUCUUGGGGACUUUUUUCGUGCUGAUAAAUGUGCUUGCUUCGCAGCCAGCAGCACCUUCUACGCAGAGCACCUUCACUUUAGGAGUAGCAGCUGGUUUUCUCAGUACCGUCGGUGGGGCUUUCAUGUUCAUCAUCGUCGAGCUGUUCAAGGGAUCCUCGCUUCCUCUCAACGCCAUCGACUCUGCGGGAUACAUGUCUCUGCCGGCAGCUGUGUUGCUUAGUCCUUGGAUCUUCCUUUUCCCACACGCAGCUGGGAACUGGCCAGAGAGGCUGGGGACCAGUCGAACCGACUCUGAGUUGCUUGGAAUGGUGUCUGACCAUGCAAGGCUCGCAGCUGCAGUUGCUCUUAGCGGCUUCGCUGCUUACGGAUACAACAUGCUCCAGUUUUAUACGGUGCAAGAGUUGUCGUCUACGCAGACGGCCUUUGCGUCCAAUGUCUCCAAAGCAGUUCUCUGCUUGCUAUCAUGGAUAUUGCUGGAGCCGGCAACAUCCAGCCAGCUGCGGUCGUGGCUUGUGGUGCUCUCUGCAGCUGGCGGCCUCACUUGCUUCUUCCUCUACGUGCUUUCCAAAGCUAGAAAGCCUGCGCCAGAAGAGCCGUGGCAUCAUGAUCGCUGUAGGGUAUCCUCAGUUGCUUUGCUGGCUGUCCUUGCCAUGAUCCUCGGGUGCCGCUGCGACUAUGUAGACUGGAACACGUGGAAGGAAUGCCAGGUUGGUCCAGCCGCAUAUCCGAGAGCAACUUGGACCCUUUGGGGCAAGUCCGCGCCGGCUGUCUCGCCAGCAAGUGUUCUGGAUACCUGGCCCCAGAGGAUUCUGCAAGCUACGUCAACGACCCCAAGGCCACGCUGUGCAGGCGCUGUGGAUAUGCCUUCCUCGAUCACCGAAGAGGAUUCUCAGAAGUCUUUCUCAACUAUGCACGGCAUGCAGCUUUUAUUUUUCAAGCAUUGCGCCGACCCAAACAUGGCCCAGAGGAAAGUGCUUUUUCCUCUGCAACUACUUGCCUUCGCAUGGACGCAGAGGCAUGCCUUCCUGAAUGUGACAGCGGCACGUGGCCUAUCGCGACAUGCAGCUGUAGGCGCUUCGGCUGAGCGAGCCAGGAGCGCUGUGGCUCUCGCUGCCCGUGGAGGUGAGAGUGAAGCGGACGAGGAGACAAUCGAUGUUGGUGGAUUCUCUGCACUGGUAGUUGGGCUUGCUCUGCUGCCUUUUGCAGGCUACGCCCUUUCCGCGGCAGUCUCUGUGAUCUCUGGAGCAAGCUUCGAACUUGGACCUUUCGGCCUGCAGCUGACCUCGAUCUUUAUCACUGUGGGGUCUGUCCUGUGGUCGUUGAGCAGCGUCUUCUCCCGCGGGAAGGGGCUCCCGGCGGGCUGGCUUGGCCUUCUCGGACUUGCGGAGGGCCUCUCCUACGUGGCCACCUUGGCCUUGGUGCUCGCAGCCUUGGCCUCCAGCUUCCGAAGCCCAUCUGCGACGCAGCCUGGUCAGAAAAGCCAGGCACCGGCCUUCCGAUCUUCGAGCGGCUACUCGGCACCUUCGGGCCGUAACGAUCUCUUCUCCUUCGACUCGGGCGCCAACCUGAAAGUGCCAGAGUUCAAAGCGCCGGAAGUUAAGAUGCCGUCCGUGCCAGCGUUCAAGUCUCCGGAGCUUCCGUCUUUCAAGGUGCCUGACAUCAAAGCGCCACAGGUUCCAUCGUUCAAAGCCCCCGACAUCAAGGUUCCUGACAUCAAAAUUCCAGAUGUCAAGCCGCCGCAGAUGCCAGCUUUCAAGGCACCCGAGGCGAAGGAAUCUGCAAAGCCCGCAAGAACUCCUGCAAAGGCUCAGCCCAGCGGUGGAGACUUCGACGAUCUGUUUGGUUCCGAUGUUGUAGCACCGCCUGAUGAUGCGGCGGUGAAGAAGGCUCGAGCAGCAGAGGCAAAACAGGCAGAGGAGCGCAAACGCGAAGAAGCCAAGAAGGCGGCGGAGAGGGAACGCAAGGCCGAGGAAGCGAGACAACGUGAAGAGGCCAACAAGGCCGAAGAGCAGCGAAAGGCCGCGGAGGCGCGCAAUCGAGAGGAGGCCAAGAAGGCCGAAGAGGAGCGAAAGGCCGAGGAAGCGCGCAAGCGUGAGGAGGCCAAGAAGGCCGAAGAGGAGCGAAAGGCCGAGGAGGCGCGCAAGCGCGAGGAGGCCAAGAAGGCCGAAGAGGAGCGAAAGGCCGAGGAAGCACGCAAGCGCGAGGAGGCCAAGAAGGCCGAAGAGGAGCGAAAGGCCGAGGAAGCGCGCAAACGCGAAGAGGCCAAGAAGGCCGAAGAGGAGCGAAAGGCCGCAGAAGCGCGCAAGCGCGAAGAGGCCAAGAAGGCCGAAGAGGAGCGAAAGGCCGAGGAGGCGCGCAAGCGCGAGGAAGCGCAACAGCAGAAGAGCAAGACGCCAGAGCCAGCGAAACCAAGCUCAGCUCCAGAAUCUGCGGCGGAUGCGGAUCCAAGUAAGCUGUUGGGAAGUGCUUUGCGAGACUUGGGACGCUUUGGAAGCAAGGAUACGAAGCCGGAAACCCAACCAGAAAAGAAAGCCCCAGCUGCUCCCACAAUCAACUACGACCUGUUUGCUUGA